AUGGGCGGCGUUGCGGCUGCGAUUUCCAAAGCCGUCGCAGCGCACAUCAAGCGCGUCAAGCCGCUCGUCCAGAAUCACGGCGAGAUGCUUAAGCCCUGCAUCACUGACUGCUUUGCGAGGACGGAUUCGCAUCUUUUUUGGCGCAGCAACAAUGGUAACAUCAUUCGUGUGAUAAAUGAGCUGAAUGCUUCCCCUCUGUAUGCAUGCAACUAUUUCCCCACACAAACGCUCAACUUUGCAUUCAAGGACAAGAUCGAGGCCGCCUUCGCGAAACCCAAGACGGCGCCGUACUGGCAGCUUUCGGUCAGCAACAUUGCUGCGGGCGGCGCGGCGGGAGCAGCGCGCGGCCUGUUCGUAUACAGUCUCGACUAUACCCCCACGCGCCUCAGUACGGACGCCAAGGCGGCGGAGAGGGGCAGUUCAACGGGUGAGGGCGACUGCUCGGGACACGUGAUGGUCGUCUACAUGCAUAACAGCCCGAUUGAUGUCUACAAGAAGGCGCUCAAGGAUGAUGGUAUUGCUGGCCUUUACCGUGGAUUCGCUCCCAAUCUCAUCACCAUUGUCGUGCACUGCGGCUGCUUUGAUGAGUUUGUGCGCCUUUAUGACUCCCUCAAGCUCAUCGCCCAGCGGGACUCGAUUGCGGAUAGCUUCCUCGCCUUGCUCUUGCUCGACUGGGGCAUUGUUACAGCCUCGUCGUACCCGUUCGAUACGAUUCGCCGCCACAAGGUGAUGACCAACGCUGGCAACGGGACGCAUUACGCCAACUUCUACUAUCUGUUCAAGGGUGCCGGCGCCAAUGUCACCCGUAGUGUCGUGACAGCCAAGCUGACACCUUCCACGCUACCAUGCGGGAUGCUCUCCGGCUACGACCACCUCCAGCUCAUGAAGUUCGACCGUGCGUACGAGGCAGGCACCGGCUAG